CAGACGAGACGGCCUGCAAGGAGGAGCGAAGGAUCAAUGCAGUUCCAGAAUCGAUUCCAGCGGUUCAUGAACCACCGGGCCCCAGCCAAUGGCUGCUACAAACCAACUUGUUAUGAACAUGCUGCUAACUGUUACACACAUGCAUUCCUCAUUGUCCCGGCCAUCAUGGGCAGCGUCCUCCUCCAUCUGCUGUCUGACGACUGCUGGAAGAAGAUAACAGCAUGGAUCUAUGGCAUGGGCCUCUGUGCCCUCUUCAUCGUCUCCACAGUAUUUCACAUGGUGUCAUGGAAAAAGAGCCACCUAAGGACAGUGGAGCAAUGUUUCCACAUGUGUGAUAGAAUGGUUAUCUAUUUCUUCAUUGCUGCGUCUUAUGCGCCAUGGUUAAAUCUCCGUGAACUUGGACCACUGGCAUCUCAUAUGCGUUGGUUUAUCUGGCUCAUGGCAGCUGGAGGAACCAUUUAUGUAUUUCUCUACCAUGAAAAGUAUAAGGCGGUUGAGCUCCUUUUGUAUCUCACAAUGGGCUUCUCUCCAGCCUUGGUGGUGACAUCAAUGAACAACACGGAGGGACUUCACGAGCUCGCCUGCGGAGGCCUGAUUUACUGCCUGGGUGUGGUCUUCUUCAAGAGUGAUGGCAUCAUCCCGUUCGCUCAUGCCAUCUGGCACCUGUUUGUGGCCACGGCAGUCGCCAUGCAUUACUACGCCAUCUGGAAGUAUCUUUACCGAAGCCCCACAGACUUUAUGCACCAUUUAUGACUGUUCUGUACCAGGUGUCCGCACCAGUAUUAUUAGAGCGGUGGCACUUGGGAGAGAAGUGAGAGCUGCCUAUUGCACAGGAGGAGGAAAAAGACAACUGCACUGACUUUCUUUAUAUAGUCUGACUAUAAUUAUUGUGAAAGUAUCAAUGCUGUGUUCUGGAAUGUUCCAGGAUGAAU